AUGGCCAAAAGAUUGCUCAUGGCCAAUCAUUGGGCUGUGUGGGCAAAACAGUGUUGGACAUUCGACGACACACAUCAUUCCUUAACAGACCUUGUAAUUCCUCCUGUCCUGCUCUUUGGUGGAGAGUCAGCGGACGACACUGACUGCCUGACUGUGGAGUGGGAUAUUCGCUAUGACUUCAAAUCAUUCCUGCUUAAUAAUGACACCAAGUGGAGGCUGGACGUGGAUUGCGUAAACGAUCAGUGUGAUUUUCGUGUCCAUGCCACAUUUGCCAAUGAAGAUGUACCACCACCUCUCAUCAUGCCCAAAGAUUGGGAAGAUAUUGAUUAUCUGGAACAUGCCAUCAUGGAACACUAUCCUUCAAUUAUUCGGUCCAUCAGUGGGGGUUCAGUGCCACAACUGCAUCAUGUGGUGCCUUGCGACAGGCAGUACAGUACUCUCCUGAACUUUGUGGUACCGCUGGAUGACGUUUACACCUUCUUCUUCGAGGAUGAGACUAUCAAACCACCACCCAACUCGCUCAUCAACAACAUUGCACCACAGUGCUGCCAUGCAGGCACGAUUUGA